UAGUGAAAUUUAAAAGUCAGCUAUGAAUUUCACCAAAAAAUUGAAACUUUUGCACAUAUUAUGUUGAAAAAUAAAUAAUUUUGACGAAUCUCUUAUUAAAACACAGUAAUAAAUGAGAUUCAGAGGAAUUACAUGAAAGAACCAAGGCUAUCGCCAUUCUUAAGCUUUAAUCCGCCACGCAUUCAUGACCAUUUCCAUAUAAUAACUACCUCACGUGGUUAAUAAAAACAGAGGCAACAAACUCUUGUUACCAUAACAAAUUAUUAUAUUUGAGGAUUGAGAACUUCAGCUUCUGACAAAAAUGGUAAAAAAGACUCCAAAGUACGUUGAUGUCGAUGGCUACAAGUAUUGUGAGUGCUUUGAACCAGACAUAAUUAGAGCAGCAAUGAAAUACAAGCCAACUUCCAAAGACAUAUUUGUAGCCACCUACCCAAAAUGUGGUACAACAUGGAUGAUUCAAACGGUAAUGCUGGUUCUCAACAAAGGGCAAAUUCCUAAUACUGUGAAGGAUUAUUUCUCUUUGUGUCCUUUCCUGGAAAUGUUAGGCCCAGACGAAAUAGGCAAAAUGCCAGGACCCGGAUGCAUAAAAAUUCAUUUUCCAUUUAAUCUUACACCAUACUCCCCAGAUGCUAAGUACGUUUACGUAGCAAGAAACCCAAGAGAUUGCUGCAUAUCAUUUUAUUACCACACCAAGUUAUUUCCUGCUUAUUAUUUCAAUGAUGGUACAUUUGAAGAUUUUUUUGAACUUUUCAUUAAGGGAGAGACUGAUUUCAAUGAUUACUUCGAUAAUUUGUUGUCAUGGUAUGAGCACAGAAAUGAUCCAAAUGUAUUUUUCGUUACUUUUGAAGACAUGAAACAAAAUCCUAAAGAGACGAUUAAAAGAUUGGCGAGAUUUCUCGGAGAAGAAUAUGAAUCAGACGUCGCUGAAAAUGAAGAAGUCUUAGAUGAGGUUGUCAAUAAAAGCAGCUUCGAAUACAUGAAAAAUACAACAAAUAAAUUAUUCACCGAAAUGCUUGAUCGCAGUGAAGAGUUUGCAGAGUGGAAAAUUGCUCCAAAGGGAUUCAGACAUUGGGCUAGAAGCAAUGCAAUGGCACUCAAAGCCGGACAAGGGUCCAGUGGCACCUUCAUACGUAAUGGUGGCAUACAUGACAUGAAGAUAGAGCUCACAUCAGAACAGGAAGAAAAGUUACAAAAAAGAAUACAAGAAAAAACUAAAGGCUCUGAUGUUAUGAAAUUGUGGGAAAAUUCAAAAGAAAAACAGCUUUGAAAACAUCAUGCAUUACUAUUUAUAUUCACAUUUUUUCUUGAACGCUCGAUCACUAUUCUUUAGAUUUAGUUCACAUAUAUUGUAGCUCCCAAAUCACCUGAAUAAAAAAUUAUUUCUACAAAUUCUUUAAUGCAA